UUUCUCCUCCUCCUCUUCCCACCCUCCCUCUCCUUCUCCUACAUUCAACGAACACCAUCCCUUCUAGCCCUGAUGAUGUUAUCUAGUUAGGUAAUGAAACAUCUGCAGCAAAACAACCAAGGGAGAAACUGGGCAGCUAUGAGAGCAUCAACAUUAUUGAUCCUGAGGACGCCGCCAUCCUCUUCCGAUCGGAAGGCUUAUACCCGGAGAGAUUUACUGUGCCUCCUUGGAUCGCCUACCGGAACUUCCGUAACAAGCCGUGUGGUGUUCUCCUGAAGAAAGGAGACAGUUGGCGCCAGGACCGCCUAGCCCUCAACAAGGAAGCCAUGUCCCUCAAAGUCACAGAUAACUUCAUACCUCUCCUGAAUGAAGUCGGGGAAGAUUUUGUCAAGAGGAUGGAGAUGAAGGUUGGAAGCAAUCCACAAGACAAAUGGACAACCGAUCUGACCCAUGAGCUUUUCCGGUUCGCCUUGGAAUCUGUGUGCAACGUCCUCUAUGGGACCCGGUUGGGACUUCUUCAGGAUUUCAUUGACCCCGAGGCGCAGAAGUUCAUCGAUGCCAUCACCUUGAUGUUUAAUUCCACAGCACCCAUGUUGUACAUACCACCAGAAUUUCUGCGCAGGAUCAACUCCAAGUUUUGGCAGGACCACGUCAAAGCUUGGGAUGUCAUCUUCAUGCAUGCCGACAAAUGUAUACAGAACAUCUACCAAGACCUCUGUUUUAACCAGACACGUGCCAAAGAAUACCGAGGUAUUCUCUGCAGCCUUUUGGUACAGAACAAGAUGCCAAUAGAAGACAUCAAAGCCAGCAUAACCGAGAUGAUGGCAGGAGGAGUGGACACGACUUCCAUCACCCUCCAGUGGGCUCUGUAUGAACUCGCUCGCACGCCACACCUUCAGGAGCAACUGAGGUCUGAAAUCUCUGCAGCCAAAGCAUCUUCCCAGGGAGAUGUUGCGAAGAUGAUGAAGUCCACCCCGUUGCUCAAAGCAGCCAUCAAAGAAACACUAAGGCUUCAUCCAGUUGCAGUGACGUUACAGAGAUACACAACCCAAGAGAUUGUCCUUCAAAAUUACCGUAUCCCUGCCAAUGUAUUAGUCCAGGUAGGACUUUAUGCGAUGUUUCGGGAUUCCAGAUUUUUCUCCAAACCUCUGCAAUUCAACCCAGAAAGAUGGAUUAAGACUGAGGACCCCAAAUAUUUCAGGGGAUUAAGUUUUGGCUUUGGGCCACGUCAAUGUCUUGGCCGCAGAAUUGCCGAGAUGGAGAUGCAGCUGUUUUUGAUCCAUAUGCUGGAAAAAUUCAAGAUUGAAAUAAAGAGAGGCAUGGAGAUUGGUACCACUUUUGGCCUUAUCCUGAUUCCGGACAAGCCAAUCUAUUUGACGCUACGGCCUCAUCGUUCCCAUCAGUGAACUGGGUGAAAUUUUCCAGAAGCGACUGGCGCCUCUUUUCAAAACACUCGGAGAAAGGACGGAGUUGCCCGCUCGGCUCUUAGGGAUCGCAGCCGAAUGAUGUUCCCAAUGUCAGAUGUUUACUAAACGCAGAACUCAAACCAAGGUUUGGGUUGCAGCAGGAUAAGUCUGGCUGCCUUGUUUUGUUUUGUUUUUACUCAUAUAAUACAAUUUAGAUCAGGAGUCUCCAACCUUGGU